AGUUAGGUCGAAAGUUUGUGUACAUGUCAGUAGAGGCUUUUGUGUGGUGCGAAAAUCAUUACCUCCGGAGGGCUGAUAACCCAAAGAGAAAGAAAAAAUAAUCACCUCUUUUCUCUAUAAUAUACUCUACUUCUCGUUUCACCUUGGUUUCACCGGAUGAUAUAUGUAUUUUGUUUGCAAUUUAAAUAUCGUUUCCGGGUUUUAGAAAAAUAAUUGUUAAUUUUUGCGAAGGACAAGAAUUUCAAAGACAAGUUUUCCACAAGACUGCGAGAAAAAAUAAAUCAGCGAAUUGAAAACAUCGAGCAGGAAACUUGAUGCACAGCUGGCUUUCAAAAUAAAAAUGUAAAGAAAUACGAGUGUUGAUAUUUCAUACUUUUUUUAUAGUAUAUUGUUCUGUCUCUAUUUGAAUAUUAAGGUUGGGUUCUAUAUACACCCGCGCGCGCUAUGUAUCAAGCAGCCGCAACACGUUAUCAACAUUCAACCGGGAAACGUCAGUAUGGUUGGGUCUUCUGUUCUAUUAUUUUAUUUCUUAGCAUGAUGCGAUUGUUGUGCUCCAGACCAGUAGUGUGCUUCAUAACAGAGAAAUAAUAUACAAAACCAUUCAUGUUUUGUAACUGAAAAAGCGUUCGUCUAUAACUAUCAGCGAUAUGACAAGAUUUUUUUUUUAUCAAUUUGUGAACCGAAACGAAGCAACUCCAAUAUCAGCUGGUCUUUGAGCUCUCAAGACUCGCGAAGCCGAUAUACGUCGGUCUGACAAACACUUGCAACUCACUUAAAUAAUUUACUUAGUUGAUAAGCAAUUCAACGCUUAAUACCACUCAUUGUUCAAAUGUCGACGAACCAUCAAUUGCUGAUACGCCCGGAGUCGUUGUCAGAAUCAGCACUUGUUGAGAUCCUGAAAAGCAGGUGCAUAGAAUUGCCAAACGCGAAGAAUCUGAAAAAGUUGGAUUUGAUAGAGAUGUACAGGAGAGUUGUGCUGCCAAUGCCCCAAAGACGAUACAAUGGGACAAAGCACUUGGGAAAAAAACUCAACGAUCUCAGAAUAAGCAGGGGAAUUUCUAUCGCUACAGAAGAAGAACAGGCUUUGUAUGAGUCUAUUGUAUCUAGUCAAAGCGAAUCAUCCACAAAGUCAGAUCAUAGGAAAAUAAGAUUAGCUAAUGAAGACAUAUCGCCAAAAAAAAUAUGUCUUACCAAUUCUUCCGAUGAAAGAAAUAAUCCAUUAGAGAAUGGUUUAAAACGUAAAUGUAAUGAUAAAGAGACUACAACACCGAUAGAAGGCAAAAAGCGCCAGAAAAUUAGUUGGCCAUAACUUAAAUUAAAACUUUUUUUACAAAAAUAACUUUGGUCCUAUGUAUAGAUUUUAAAUUCAAACCUACUGUUUUUAUGGUUUUUAUACUGAAGAUUCUGAAAGCCCAUUAGAGGAAAAGUUACAUUUGAUUAUGUAAAAAAAAGUUAUAACAGCGAGUGAGCAAGUAAUUUUCAUUAAUUUAAGCUUGCAUUUUGGAACAAUACAUAUGUAAAACGUAAUUCUAAUUGACUUUGUCUGUUAUAUUCUGACAGUUAUGUUAAGUUUGCUAAACAAUGAAAUUUAUUUAGACAUGAUUUCAAAACACAUACAAUACGAAAUUUUUAAAUAAA